GGAUCUGUCUUCAUAUAUAAAAGAAUAAAUUACUUGUGAAGAAAACUCAGGCAAUGUAUUUUCAUGUCAGGCACAGGCAUUUGGUUCCCAAAAGAACAGUUUGUCCCUUUUUUCUUCUUAAUGUGUUUGCAUCAAAUAUAAAAGUGAACCUAUAGUAAUUCUCAAAAGGGAGCAUAAUUUUUACAGCGGGAAUUUAAGGUAAUCAGGUUCUCGUUUCCCUGGUUCUCUGACACGUUCCUGUCUUGCCAGCCUCGUCACACUGCACCAUCCUUGAGGCAGUGAGGGCUUCUGCUCAUCAGAAAGGAGUAUCUGCGGUAGGAGACUGUGGACCAGGCUUGUGCCACACAGAGAGUGGAGCUCUAUUAGAGAGUAAAAAGGAUACGUGGUCAGAUCCUGCGUUAUUUAAGGGCUCAUUUAGAAGAGACCAUUUAAAGAAAUUUUUAAAAAACAAGAAAACUUUGUGUACAGAAUCUCAAAGGAUAUAGCUUUUAGGAAAACUUGUAGAAAAUACAGAUGUUUUAGUCAGGUUCCUAAAAACUUAUUUGAGCAAAGCCUUAGGACUCCCCAUGGAGGUAGGCAGGAGCACUAUUAGAGACUUUCCCCCCUCCCCUGCUAACAGAACUUGUGUAAAAUUGCUGAAAGAAGCCAAACCAUUUGUGUCCCAGGGGCUGAGAGCAAACUACAGUCAGGUGAGUUGGGUGGACUGGACGGGGAGGCAGGCUAGUGGAUUUCUGAAGAUGAUGGCAGGUCUAAAGGUCCUACUUGCAAGGCCAGUGAGAAAGCAGGGAAGAAGUUAAAGCUGGAGAGUGUUAGGAAUGAAAUUUGUGCUUGUAAGUGAUAUUAGCCCCACCCAGCAGCCUCUGGAGAGGGGAGUGGUUGCUGGAGGUUGAGCUCUAGAAACACUCUUGAACACUGGAGACCAAUCUCCAGGCUGGUGAGAGCUUCCAUCUGCUGGAGGGUAAUCCUGCCCACCUCCAUGGGGACUGAUGGAUCCUGCCCUGGGGACCCUUCUGGACCUCACCCCGUGUACCUCUUCAUCUGACUGUUCAUCCUUGUAAUAAACCAGUAAAACUGAGUAAAGUGUUUUCCUAAAUUCUAGGAGUCAUUCUAGAACAUGCCAAGCCUAAUUUGAGGGAUUGUGGGAACCCUUGAAUCCACAAUGCUCUCGGCAGAAAAUGUGGGCAGUCUGGGCACUACAUUUAUGGUUGGCAUCUGAAGUAGAGGAAGUCUCAUGGGGCUAAGACUUUGAACUUGUGGGAUCUGAUGCUGACUCCAGGAAGAUGGUGUCAGAAUGAACUGAAUCCUUGGACACCCAGGCAAUGUCAGAACAUUAGUUGUUGGGGUGAAGAAAACUAUUUAUACGAAUUUUUAGAUUUUGAGAAAUCCAUGACUGUUGUCUGUCACAGGGUGUUGGUCGGUAAGUGGGUGGAAGAAAUGGAUGUAUAAGGGAGGUAAGAAGGCAGAACUAACAAAAUAUGCUUUUUUUUUGGUCUCAAUGUUAUUGAGCACGAGCCAUGUAACCAGGCAUUGGGAUAGGUGAUGCGUAUGCAGUUGGAAUAAAACAGCUUUUUUUAUUUUUUUGGGGGUGGAUGCAUGCAGAAAGGAUUACAUGGGAAUUGAAGUGGGCAGUAAAAGGGAUGGAAUUAGGGGCUGAUAGACUUCAAGUGGUGUCAGAGGACUGUAGGUUCCCAGGUGUGAGGAGAACCUGGGCAUGGGGAAUGAUUCUGUGGACAAGCUGGAAUGAGAGAGGCUGUGAUUGCUGGAGGGAUCUCAGAUUCUUCAUCUGACGGGGAAUUCCUGCUUUUCCUGCAUACGGUUUGCACUCUCUGUGAGUGGAAAUCCGGAGGAAGAGACGUGGUGGCCGAACCCUUGAUGAUGCAACUGCAGAAAAACAGGAUUAACAUACAGACGAUUGAUGCAGUGAUCAUUGUUGUUAAGAAUGGAGAGCUCACUGCAGGAGAGAUCACUGUGGGGCCAUCCUUCGGACGAGCCAUCUCAGGAGCCCCUAACCGGACCGCAGGACCUGUCUGCCCUGAUACCUUAUAAAGAACAAGAAUCUGUGACCUACAAAGAUGUAGCUGUAGACUUCACCCAGGAAGAGUGGGCCCUGAUGGACACAUCCCAGAGAACGCUGUACAGAGAUGUGACGCUGGAAAACAUUAGUCAUCUGGUCUCUGUGGGGUGUCAUUUCUUCAGAUCAGAUGUGAUCUCCCAGUGGGAGCAAAGAGGGGAGCUGUGGAGGGAAGAAAGAGGACCUCCCCAAGGCUGGAGUCCAGGCAUGAAAAACAGCCAUAACAAGCAAGAAAUAAUACCUAUGCAAGAUAUCUGCAUGAACGACCCACCUAACUGCUGGACAGUACAGAAAUGUCACACGGGAGAAGACCUCUCUGUAUAUAGUGGGUUUGAUGAAGUUUUUACUCACACGUACACACUGACUCAACAUGUCUUAACUCACACUGUACGGAAACCCUAUAAAUGUAAUGAAUGUGGAAAACACUUCACACGAAACGCCAACCUUCGUACUCAUAAAAUAACUCACACAGGAGAGAAUCCAUUUGCUUGUAAUCAGUGUGGGAGGCGCUUCAGGUAUUUUUCAUCUUUAACUAGACAUAAGCGAAUUCAUACUGGAGAGAAGCCUUAUGAAUGUCGUCUAUGUGGCAAAGCCUUUGUUCGAAGUUCCAUUAAACGACAUGAGAGAACUCACACUGGAGAGAAACCAUUUAAAUGUCAUCUAUGUGGAAAAGGCUUCGUUACUAGGUCUAAUCUUCGAGAACAUGAGAGAACUCACACCGGAGAAAAACCAUAUACAUGUCAUCAGUGUGGAAAAGCCUUUGUUACAAGCUCUAAUCUUCGAGAACAUGAGAGAACUCACAGUGGAGAGAAACCAUAUAAGUGUCAUCUAUGUGGAAAAGCCUUUGUUCAGAGCUCUUGUCUUAGAGACCAUGAGAGAAUUCAUACUGGAGAGAAACCAUAUAAAUGUCCUAUAUGUGGAAGAGCCUUUGUUACAAGCUCUUGUCUUCGAAAACAUGAGAGAACUCACACUGGAGAGAGACCAUAUGCAUGUCAUCUAUGUGGAAAAGCUUUUAUUCAAAGCUCUAAUCUUAGAGACCACGAGAGAACUCACACUGGAGAGAAACCAUAUACUUGUCAUCUAUGUGGAAAAGCCUUUGUUACAAGCUCUAAUCUUCGAGAACAUGAGAGAACUCACAGUGGAGAGAAACCAUACAAAUGUCAUCUAUGUGGAAAAGCCUUUGUUCAAAGUUCUUAUCUUAGAGAUCAUGAGAGAACUCACACCGGAGAGAAACCAUAUAAAUGUCAUCUAUGUGGAAAAGCCUUUGUUACAAGCUCUUGUCUUAGAAAACAUGAGAGAACUCACACUGGUGAGAAACCAUAUACAUGUCAUCUAUGCGGAAAAUCCUUUGUUCAAAGUUCUAAUCUUCGAGAACAUGAGAGAACUCACACUGGUGAGAAACCAUACAAAUGUCAUCUAUGUGGAAAAGCCUUUGUUACAAGCUCUAAUCUUAGAAAGCACGAGAAAACUCACACUGGAGAGAAACCAUAUACAUGUCACCUAUGUGGAAAAGCCUUUGUUCAAAGCUCUUAUCUUCGAGAACAUGAGAGGAUUCACACUGGAGAGAAACCAUAUACAUGUCACCUAUGUGGAAAAGCCUUUGUUCAAAGCUCUUGUCUUAGAAAACAUGAGAGAGCUCACACUGGAGAGGAACAGUAUAUAUGUCAUCUAUGUGGAAAAGCCUUUGUUACAAGCUCUGAUCUUAGAGACCAUGAAGGAACUCACACUGGAGAGGAACAAUAUAUAUGUCAUCUAUGUGGAAAAGCCUUUGUUACAAAUUCUGAUCUUAGAGACCAUGAGGACACUCACACUGGAGAGGAACAAUAUAUAUGCCAUCUAUGUGGAAAAGCCUUUGUUACAAAUUCUGAUCUUAGAGACCAUGAGGGGACUCACACUGGAGAGGAACAAUAUAUAUGUCAUCUAUGUGGAAAAGCCUUUGUUACAAAUUCUGAUCUUAGAGACCAUGAGGGGACUCACACUGGAGAGGAACAAUAUAUUUGUCAUCUAUGUGGAAAAGCCUUUGUUACAAGCUCCGAUCUUAGAGACCAUGAGGGAACUCACUUUAAUUAUAGUGAAUGAACAUGGAAGUGCCUUUAGCCACAGCUCUAAUAUAAUAUCAACCACAAGACUCAUGUGGGGGAAGUUCUAUGGUCAUAUUCAUUAUGGAAAUGCCUUCAUUUUUAAUUUAUCCUUACAUAACAUGAGUGAACUGCAUGUGGAGGAACCCUAUAUUUAUAAUCAAGGAGGAAGAGACAUUAACUGAUCUCUGGUCAUAGGUUGGACAAGAAAAUCCAGUAUGAAUAAUAAUCUAUCUCCCUUAAAUGGGAAAUUACGCAGGAAAAUCUUUACAGAAGGAGAUCGCUCCAGGACAAUAACAAAAAUUAAUGCUGAAGAAGUUAUUCAUUAUUAUGUGCAUGGAAAACCUUUACUAGUAGAAAAACUGUUGUAGGCAUGUGAAGUUUCACACUCUAUAUAAUAGUGAAUGAAUGAAAGUCUUCAGUGAUUUUAAUUCCGUAGUCAACAUGUAGUUUCUCACACUGUAUAUAUACAUUGAUAGAAUCAGAUGAAAGGUUAGACUUUGCAUUAGAAAUCCCUGACUAGGAAAAACAUUUAUCAAGAAUGUCUUAAUAGAGUUUAGUCAUUAAAUUGUAAUUUUGCCUAGCGGCCUCUUACUAUAAAAAUAUAAGAAAGAUAUGUAGAAUUGUGACAUCAUCUGGGAAUUCUAAAUUCAGUAUUUUGUAACAAUUUUUUUGCAGUAGUUCUUGGAACUGCAUAUGAGGCAAACUUGUUGCUGAAAAAUCCAUUAUGUUGGUCAGGGUCCUAUUUUUCAUGCAGCAAUAGUAAUUAUGAUGAUUGGAUUCAACUAGAAAGUCUCUUUGAAUAUUAACUGAAAAACAUAGAACACAAGAUGAUGCGUCAUGACUACAUAUUGUUAACCACGUAUGUAGGUCGUAAUGAUGAAUUAAAGAUUCUUAUAUAGAUAGUUUGUGACCGAA